AUGUCUUUUCUUUCUUUCUUUCUUUCUUUCUUUUUAGCUAAUUGUUUUUCUUUCGUUUUUCUUUCUUUUUCUUUCUAUUCAAUUAAUUCCUUUUCUUUCUUUCUUUCUUUCUUUUCGCUAAUUGAUUUUCUUUCUUUCUUUCUUUCUUUCUUUUCAGCUAAUUGUUUUUCUUUCUUUUUUCUUUCGUCUUUCAUUUUUCUUGCUUUCUUUCUUUCUUUCUUUUCCGCUAAUUGUUUUUCUUUCUUUCUUUCUUUCUUUCUUUCUUUCUUUCUUUCUUUCUUUCUUUCUUUUCAGAUAAUUGUUUUUCAUUCGUUUUUCUUUCUUUUUCUUUCUAUUCAAUUAAUUGUUUAUCUCAGCCUUUCUUCCUUUCUUCUUGAACCUUUUCUUUCUUUCUUUCUUUCUUUCUUACUUUCUUUCUUUCUUUCUUUCUUUCUUUCUUUCUUUUCAGUCAAUGGUUUAUCCCUUCCUAUAUCCCUUUCUUCGUUCUCAUUCAUUUUAAACUACUUCCGCAUUGACCAUUUCUUUCUUUCUUUCUUUCUUUCUUUCUUUCUUUCUUUCUUUCUUAAACCGCCUCUUCCUACUUUAUAUUCUUUCUUUCUUUCUUUCUUUCUUUCUUUCUUUCUUUCUUUCUUUCUUAAACAGCCUCUUCCUACUUUAUAUUCUUUCUUUCUUUCUUUCUUUCUUUCUUUCUUUCUUUCUUUCUUUUAA